AUGCCUGAAAAUGCCAGGUUUCACUAUGCCAGAGACUUUUUGCCUGCCUCGUUUUCAAGUUCCCAUUGGGAUUGGUCUCGCGCGGGACACUUCCCACGCUCCUUGCUGUGGUCCUCAGAAGAUGGGCCUUCUAGAUUUUACCGGCUGCAGGUCUUGUUGAAGGAGAUCAGAUCUUUGAGCGCCGAUGUGCUUUGCAUGGUUGAGCUCGAUUGUUUCCAUGAGUUUCGUGAGAUCUUGGACGCCGAUGGCUAUGAUGCCAUCUUCCAAGCACGUCCAGGGAAGCAGGACGGCUGUGGUAUCUUCUGGCGCCGGGAGGUCUUUCAGCCGGUCGGUCCUUGUCGCGCUUUGAUCUACGCUCGUCCUGUGAAUGAUCGCAUUGCAGUCGGGCAGAUGCUGAAGCACCUGCCGACGCAGCAGAUGCUGCUGGUGCUGUCCAGCCAUCUGCACUGGGACCAGGCGGCUGGACACCAAGCCUCUGAAGCGCAGGAACUGAUGGGGCUCAUGGAAGAUAUGUCCCAUGAGCACGAAGCUGCUACGGGCUCGAGGCCUGCCGCCGUGGUCUGUGGAGACUUGAACUCGCUGCCAGGCUCGGACGCCUAUUCAGUGCUCACAAGGAGCUUGCACGAUGCCUGCCUUCCACGUGGCCAUUGUGGCUAUCCUGAAGGCGCCUUUACCACUCUGAAGCCGGAUGUCUACUUCUUCGCGCGGCCAAGGGGCCAAGCGGAUGCCAGAGACCAAUGGCACUGGCAGGAAGGUCGUCAUGAAGUCUUGGACUACAUCUUCUACAGCCCCGAGGAGCUUCACAUGACGCAGCCCAUCAGCAUCCCGCAGCUUCCUAAGGAGGAGUUGGAACCGCCUGCCAAGCGCCAGAAGGGUUCAGGCCUGCACAUGACACAGAUUCUCGGAGCCUUGGAGCCUGCUGGGGGAUCCAUCAGCAACUCCGAUGACUGGAAGAUGAUGGGUCUCGGCAAUUUGAAGAGCUCCAUGCAACCAUUGGCAUAUGAGGAUGAUGAUAUGCCCUUGCCAGGUUUGCCCAUGGAUCUGCCAGAGAAAGCGAAAGCGGAUACCUCGGCGAUCUCGGACGUGUCCACGUGCGCCACGAAUUCCAGGGCGAUGGACGGUUUUAACGACGCCUCUGACGAUGACUUGGAUGCCUCGGAGACCUCGGACCCUAAGGACCCGGACGAGGAGCUGCCGGAACUCCGACUCCGAUUCCGUGCCAAGCGAGAAGUGCAUCGGAAGGAAGAGGAAGAUUUUUUGGCAGAAUUUCUCCGGAAGUUCAAGUUUGAGAAAGGGGUGAAUCAGCCGCGGACUGAAGGGUGGAGUUUCUUCGGUCCCAAGAAGGAGGAGUUGUAUCCCAUCCACGUAGCCGCCUUUCUCGGCAACUACUACCUGCUUCGAGUGUUGGUGUCCAAGGGAGCUAACUUUAACCAGAAGACUUCCAAGGGCCGAAAGGCAUUGGACAUCGCAUACGAAGCAAAUCAGAUGGGUUCUCAUCGAGAAGUCAUUCAUUUCCUCCGUGACAAAACUCCCAUUGUGUCCAUGCGUCAGUUCAUGGGCAUGUCUGAGCCUCGCUGA